AGUACCGGACCGGACCAGGACCAGGACCGGACCGACCAUGGCGGAGCGCAGCGGCCGCCUCAGCUUCCCCGGUACCGGCGGGCUCAACAGGCCGGUGCCGAUGAACCUGUUCGCGACGUGGGAGGUGGACGGUUCUUCCCCGAACUGCGUCCCCAGGUUGUGCAGUCUGACUCUGAAGAAGCUGGUGGUCACGCGGGAGCUCGAUAAGGAGCUGAUUUCUGUUGUCAUCGCCGUUAAAAUCCAGGGAUCCAAACGCAUCCUGAGGUCCCAUGAGAUCGUGCUGCCACCCAGUGGGUUUGUGGAGACGGACCUGGCGCUCACUUUCUCACUGCAGUACCCACACUUCCUGAAGCGAGAGGGAAACAAGCUGCAGAUCAUGCUGCAGAGGCGGAAGAGGUACAAGAACCGAACCAUCCUGGGCUACAAGACUCUGGCAGUGGGAUCCAUCGACAUGGCGGAGGUGAUGCAGCACCCCACCGAGGGGGGGCAGGUCCUGCCUCUCUGCAGCAACCAGAAGGAGCUGCUGGGGAAGGUGGCCGAGAUCUGGAUCUUCUCCCUGUCCAGCCAGCCCAUCGACCACGAGGACCCGGCCCUGCAGGGAGGACAGAAGAUCAAGUGCUCCGACAACUACUCGGAGGAAGAGUACGAGAGCUUCUCCUCGGAGCAGGAGGCCAGCGACGACGCCGUGCAGGGACAGGAUCUCGAGGACGACGAGUUCGAUCUGAUGAAGCCAAAGAAGCAGCGGAGGUCGAUCGUGAGGACGCCCUCCAUCACCAGGCAGCAGAACUUCAAGCAGCGGGUGGUGGCUCUGCUGAAGCGCUUCCGGGUCUCUGACGAGUUGUUUGUGAAGGUGCUGGACUCGGAGCAGGACCCGGCCGAGCCGCCCCCGGAGGUGGAGGAGGAGGACCUGGACCUGGACAGCGUGGAGUUUGAGAACCCCAGCGACAGCGGCCCGGAGCUGGACGACGACGACAGCGUCCUCAGCACGCCCAAGCCCAAACUCAAGCCGUACUUCGAGGGUCUGUCCCUGUCCAGCUCCCAGACGGAGAUCGGCAGCAUCCACAGCAGCCGGAGCCACCGGGAGCCUCCCAGUCCGAUCGACCUGGACAAGACCAAGUGCGGGGGGACGGGUUUCCCCGACGCGGCAGAGACCGACAACGCCUCCUUGGAGCAGCCGGAGGCCGUGACCCCCACCACCGAGCUGGAGAUGGACAACAUGGACACCUUCCUGGAGCGGCUGCCGCCCAGCGGAAAGAUGACCAAGACGGAGUCGCUCAUCAUCUCCUCCAACAGACAGGAGCCCAAGCUGGCGGGCCGGCGAGGCCGCAGCACGUCCCUGAAGGAGCGGCAGCCCAGCCGGCACCAGAACGAGAGGGCCAACAGCCUGGACAACGAGCGGGCCCUGGACACACGCUGCCACCUGCAGAUCCCCAGGAAGACGGUGUACGACCAGCUGAACCACAUCCUGGUCUCCGACAACCACCUCCCCGACAGCAUCAUCCUCAUCAACACGUCCGACUGGCAGGGCCAGUAUCUGUCAGACAUGCUGCAGAACCACCGGCUGCCGGUCGUCUGCACCUGCACCACCGCCGACAUCCAGGCCGCCCUCAACACCAUCGUGUCUCGCAUCCAGAGAUUCUGCAACUGCAACUCCCAGACGCCGGUCCCCAUCAAGAUCGCGGUGGCGGGAGCGCAGCAUUACCUCAGCGCCGUGCUGAGGCUCUUCGUGGAUCAUCUCUCGCACAAGACCCCGGACUGGCUGGGCUACAUGAGGUUCCUCAUCAUCCCUCUGGGUGCACAUCCGGUCUCCAAGUAUCUGGGCACCAUCGACUACCGGUACAACAGCUUGUUCCAGGACGCCGCCUGGAGGGAUCUGUUCCACAAGCCGGAGGCUCCUGUUGUCGCCCUGGAAAGUCCUGACGUGGUGUCGAGGGUAACGCAGUACAUGGUGGGGGCGAACGGCGCUCACCAGCUCCCCAUCGCCGAGGCCAUGCUCACGUACAAGCAGAAAAGGAAAAAGAGCUUUCAUUUUGAUUUUGCAGUAAGCCCUGAUGAGGAUUCAUGUCAGAAGUUCAUCCCUUUCAUCGGGAUGGUGAAAGUCGGCAUUGUGGAGCAAACGUCUGCAACAUCAGGAGACUCUGAUGACGCAGCUCCUCUGGGCUCCUCUCUUCUCUCCUCCACCCCUCCACAAGUUUCCCCGGCGCUCAAAGAGGCGUCGCCCACGCCGCCCUCGUCGCCCUCCGUCAACACCAGCUUCUGCGCUUACAGCUCGAGUUCCCACCCGGAGCUCAUGGGUCUCCAGGUGGACUACUGGGUGGCGCCGUCCGAGAGGAAGAAGGACGUGGAGAAGCGGGACUCCUCCGCCAAAAACACUCUGAAGUGCAAUUUCCGCUCGCUGCAGGUCAGCCGGCUGCCACUGGGGGGCGCCGAGCCGGGAACCCAGCCCACCAUGUCCAUGACCGUGGUGACCAAAGAGAAGAACAAGAAGGUCAUGUUUCUUCCCAAAAAGAGCAAAGACAAGGAGGUGGAGUCGAAGAGUCAGGUGAUCGAGGGAAUCAGCCGCCUCAUCUGCACUGCCAAGCACCAGCAGACCAUGCUGAGAGUGCUGAUCGACGGCGUCGAGUGGAACGACGUUAAGUUUUUCCAGCUGGCGGCUCAGUGGUCGUCGCACGUCAAGCACUUCCCCAUCGGGAUCUUUGGACACUCGAAAGGCCCUUAUUAAUAAUUAUUAUUAACUGCAGAGACUGAAACUGGAGGAAACCCUCCCCUUCCCUCCCCAUGUGCCAACAGCGUUCAACCCCCACCUCCUUACUUUACCUGCACACUUCUUAUUAUUAUUACGUCUUGAUUUAAGUUACUGCUCCACAUCUGCAUUUGUCUGAUUAUUUAAUCGCUGCUUGUUUUGUUUUUAUUUUCUAUUUAUGUAAAGAUGUCUCUGGGCAAGGCCACUAAGGGAAAAUUUCUUCACUUUGCUUUAAAAAAAAAAAAAUCCUAAUUAGGUUUUAUAGCAUUUGAGGAAGCAAUCUAAUUGAAUAGUAAUGAUUAAUGGCUGCUAAUAUUUAACUUGUUGAAUGAGUGCCCCUGUUUGGUGUGGAUGGUUUUAAGCUCUUGGCCAGCACAAAAAAAGAAAGAAAAAAUACAAAAUAGAGGAAAUAAUGGCAAUAUUUUCAUACUUUCUAAAGCAAUUUUAAGUUUGCAGUUUUCUUUUUCUGUUGAACCCAGAAUGAAAAAGUACAAACAGCCGCAUCAAUGUCGACCAAUGUGCAAUAGACUGAAAACUGUGUGAGUUAACCUGGCACUGUUAGGAUUAUACAUAACUUUAAGUUGUAAUUUUCAUUUUUUUAUACAAUUUUAUUCUCGGUUUUAUCUGUAUUUGCUCAAAGUCUUGGGUUUAGCUCCAAAAUUAUAGGAUAAAUGUGAAAAAUUACGGAAGCGUAAUGAAGCCACACCAGAAAAAGAAAAAAAUAUCAGUAUCACGUUAUAA